GCACAUCUGAUUCUUUCGGAUCAGCAUUUUUUUUUUAUCACAAAAAUGAAUUCGAUACUUCCAUCACAAAUUAAAAAUAAAAUUAAGAGAGAAGAAGUCCAUGCUAGACAACGACAAGAGAAAAAUCGCCGAAAAUUGGAGCUUAGACUUCAAAGGCGAAAAGAGGAAGCAGAAGAUCCAUCCAAAAAAGAGGAACGCUUAGCAAAGAAUGUUCCUAAAACGCUUGAAAAUACACGAGAAUUUGAUGAGACAAUAGUAGAUGCUGAAGAUACUGAAGUAUUUGAAGACGAAGCGUCAGAUGAAUUUUCUUCAUAUUUCAAAGGAAUAUCACCAAAGAUGCUUAUUACUACUAGUAAAAGACCGUCAAAAUUUACAUAUGAAUUUGCCUCUGAAUUAAUUGAUAUAUUUCCAAAUAGUCAAUUUGUUAAAAGGGGAAGUAAAUUUUCUAUCAAACAAAUUAUUGGAUUUUGUACGAAUAGAGACUAUACAGAUGUCCUAGUUGUUAACGAGGAUAAGAAAGUUCCAUAUGCUAUUACUUUGAUACAUUUGCCAGAUGGACCUACAGCAUACUUUAAAUUAACAAGUAUAAAGCUUAAUCACGAAAUUCAAGGCCAUGGAAGAUCUUCAUGUCAUAAGCCUGAGCUUAUUUUAAACAAUUUUAAUACGAGAUUAGGUCAUACAAUUGGAAGGUGGCUUCAAGCAUUAUUCCCUCAUGUACCGGAAUUUCAAGGAAGACAGGUUGCCACUUUUCAUAAUCAAAGGGAUUUCAUAUUUUUUAGGCGACAUAGAUACGUAUUUAAGAGUAAGGAUAAAGCUGAGUUACAAGAAAUUGGUCCGAGAUUUACGUUAAAACUUAAAUGGUUACAAAGAGGAGCCUUUGAUAAAGAUGGGGAAUAUGAAUGGAUGUUUAAGCCGGAUCUGGAAACGAGUAGACGACGAUUUUUCUUAUAAUUGAUAAAUACUUUUUCAAUUUUGGACAAAAAAAAAUAAUCGUCUCACAGUAAAGGAUGGGAAUUCCCCGGUUUAAAAAUUUAGCAAAAUUCUUAAAUAAAUGUUCUGAAGUUUUAUUU